UCACUUAUGACGUCAUAAUUUUGUCAAAACAGCGGUUAUUUAACUUGAAUGUAAUAUGUUUAAAUAAAAUAAUUUGGAUUUAAUUAAGUAAACUUAUUCUGCAUGCAGUUAGAACGUUAAUAGGUAAAUAAUUGAACUAUGGAGGAAUCUGUUGAGACAAUUGUCACUCGCUUUAUGCGAUUGAAUCAGCUGUUGCUCGGCAAAUCGAAUUAUACCCUGCCGAAAAAAUACCUGGUACAUCGAGAUGCCUUAUUAGACGUUUUGUUUGCUAUUUAUGAUGAGUGCAAUGUUGAUUUCUUGAGAAAGAAUAAGAACAUUAAUGCUUUUAUUGAAAAAUUUAGGAUUGUUAUGCCUGAACUGAAGACAAUGAGAGUAAAUCUGAAAGAUUUUGAAGUGAAGAAAGUUAUUGGCCGUGGACAUUUUGGAACUGUUAAUGUUGUGAAGGAAAAAGCUACUGGUGAUGUUUAUGCUAUGAAAGUGCUUUGUAAGCAAGAAACUCUUAACCAGCAAAAUGUUGCUUUUUAUGAAGAAGAAAGAGACAUCAUGAUAAAAUCGUCAAGUCCAUGGCUUACUAAGCUCCAAUAUGCAUUUCAAGAUAAUCAGAACCUGUAUUUAGUUAUGGAAUUUCACCCUGGUGGUGAUUUGGUAUCUUUACUGCAGAAGCAUGAUUAUGUAUUACCAGAAGAAAUGUGCAAGUUUUAUUUAGCUGAACUUGUCUUGGCCAUUAAUAGUGUUCACACUUUAGGAUAUGUUCAUAGGGACAUAAAACCUGACAAUAUUUUGAUUGACCGAACAGGCCAUAUAAAAUUAGCUGAUUUUGGUUCUGCCGCAAGAUUGAACAUGAAACAGCAGGUCACCAGUAUCAUGCCAGCAGGUACUCCAGAUUACAUUGCACCUGAAGUUUUGAUUGCGAUGAAUGCUAUACCUGCAUCCAAUUAUGGCUAUGGCUUAGAAUGUGAUUGGUGGUCUUUGGGUAUUGUUGCUUAUGAAAUGACCUAUGGGUCAACUCCAUUUACUAGCGAUAAAGUCCUCUUUACUUACAACAAUAUUAUGAAUUUUAAGAAAUUUUUCAAACUUCCACCUGAGGCCUCUGAAGUUUCAAGUUUGCUAAAUGAUGUAAUUGAAAACUUACUAAAAGAAAGUUCCAUCCGUUUUGGUUAUGAUAAACUGACUGCUCAUGAACUUUUCUUAGACAUUGACUGGAAUAAUAUUCGUAAUACUGUGCCACCUUUUAUACCGAAUGUAACAAGUGUAGAUGAUACUUCAAAUUUUGAUGAUUUUGAGCCUGAAAAUCGGCCAGUUUUUAGUGAACUGAGGAACAAGAAAGAAUUUAGUGCUAAAGAUUUGCCUUUUGUGGGAUUCACAUAUACUCCUUCAUUUGAUAACAGUUUCGAAAAAUCAUUCACUACUGAUGAGAGUAGUUCACAUUAUGUUAGCCUCGAUUCGACAGACUCUUUUACUAAGAAUAGAGCAUUGAUUGAAUUACAGAAAGUACUUGCUGAUCACAUGAGCAUGGAAUCAUCUUUAAAAAAUGAAAUCCAGAAAUUAAAAGAUACAGUACAAACUAAGGAAAAAGAAGUUGAAAUUGCAAAACAGGAAAAAUCUCUUGCUAAUGAAUUAAUGUCUGAGUUACAAUUGGAAGUGCAGCAAAUGAAAGAGCUUCUUUGUUAUGAGCGUGAUCAUAGAACAAUAACAGAGAAAAAAGCAACCCAGCUUGUAAGAUUAAUGAAACAGAAGCAAAAGCAGGAUGCUCUUCUUUUAAAAUCAAAAAGUGUUGAGUACCACCAAGGAGAAAGGGAAAUUUUAAAUUUAGAGGAUAAUUUAGAUGAAGCUAAUCGUAAAAUCGAUGACUUAAUAAAGGAAAAAGCGGAUCUUCUGUCAGAGCUUUAUGAUACCAAGCAUAUGUUAUUAGAAUGUCAGAAAAAACUAUCUGAGAAUCAACAAGAUUUAUUGGCUUCUGAGUUAAGUCUCAGCAUGAACAAUUCCAAUACGAGUGAAAGCUUGAAAGUACAAUCUCCUAUUGUUGAAAAGAAACUUGUAAGAAAAUUGGAAAGAAAAAAUAUUCAACUAGAGCGAGAACUGGAAGCUGCAAUCAAAUCAAAGCAUGAUGCAGAUGCUGAAAUUUUGUCAUUGCAAAACACAAUUUCUGAGCUGAAUAAUAAAACAGCACAAUUAAGUGUUGAAAGUAGAAGUGUCAAUACUUCAUAUACCGAGAAUGAAAGUUAUACUACAGUAUCAUCAAAGGAAGCAGAGGAAAGCAUUUCUUCAAAGGAUAGUGAGAUUACAGAUCUGGAACAGAAGCUCUUUAAUGAGCAAGAAUUAUGUAUAAGUUUACAAUCAAAAUUACAGAAUUCUGAAACAGAACUUGAUAAGCUGCAGAAAAAUCUAAGUAAUAUGGAGGAUAAAAUCAAGAAUCUUGAAGAGGAGAUAUCUUCUUUGAGAAAACAGCAGGUUCUUGAUAAUGGUACGAAAAAUGAAAAUGAGUUGAGCCUUGAUAUCUCUUGCCAUUAUGUUAGGAAAAGUACUAGCAGGAAUGAUCGACAAGAUAAAUUAUUACUUUCUGACAUGAAGCAUGAAAAUAAUUGUUUGAAGACCAAAAUUGAAUCACUUACAUCUGAAGUAUCAGAUUUAAAAAACAACUUGAAGAACAAGGAGAAUACAUUAUCAGAAAUGCAAAGACAAUUGUCUGAAAAAAAGGGUGCCCUUACUGAUGCUCAGCUUGAACUAAGAGCUUCAACAAGAAAGGAACAUUUGACAGAUACUUUGCGUGAACGAAACAGAGAAUUGCGCGAACAGUUAAAGACAAAAGAAGAAGCUAUUUUAGAAAAACUGAAAAUUGAGGAAGACUUAAGAGCCCAAAUCAAAGCAUUUGAAGAUGAAAUAAUGGAAUUGAAAAAAGAAGUUCAAGAGAAAGAAAAAUGUUAUGAAAUUGAAAAAGCAAAAUAUGAAGAAAGGUUACGAACUUUGAGAGAUACCUGUGAAGAUUCUAAAGAUGCAACACAAAAAUAUGCUAAAACACAAGGUCAAUAUGAGGAAAUCACUAAACAGAAUUCAAAUUUAACCAAAGAAUGUGAGGAAAAAACAAAGAAAAUAGUUCAGUUAACAGAAGAAAUGAAAUCUUUAAAAAAUGAUCUAACUAAAAAACAGUCUGAAUGUAAUAGAUUAGAAAAAAUUAAUUCCACUUUAAAAACAGCAUGCAUGAAUAUGGAAAAUGACCUGAAUAAUUUUGAAGCUCUUGUUGAAGCUAGAGAUGUGAGCAUUUCCAAAAUUAUGAAACAAAAAGAGAACUUACAGAAUGAAAUCAUUAAAUACAAGGAUGACUUGAAAAAGCUUCAAACAUCAUUUGACAGGAAAGAACAAGAAAGGGAAGGAUUGAUGAAAUGUGUUCAAGAACUUUCUGUUGAAAUAGAAAAUCAAGCCUCGCUGCAUGAAACUGAGUUGCAGAUGCUUCAAGAUCAGUUAAAUCAUUAUAAAAAAUCUGCUGAUGACUUACAAAAGAAGACCAUUGAUUUGCAAAGUGAUAUCUCCUCUCGUAGUAACGAUACAGCUAGAUUUUCCAAAAAGAUAUUAGACUUAGAAGGCCAACUAUGCAUAAUUAAGGAGGAAGCUGCAGCUCACAUCACUCAAAUAUCUUCAUUAAAAUCUAGUAAUUUAAAACUAACACUUUCCCUUGAAGAAGCUGUGAAAAAGUGUGAAAACUCUGAGAAAUCAAUCAAAGAACUUUACAAUGAAAAAGAAAGUGAAAAAGCUAAAUAUGAUCAUGAAAAGAUAAAAAUGCAAGAAACUAUUUCCCAGCAGGCAAAACUUAUUGAUUUUCUCCAAGAGAAAACUGAGAAUAUGGAAAAGAAAAAAAAGGCCUAUUGCUCGAUUGUUUGGGAAGAAAGAUGCACCUCAGCAACUUCCACAAAGCAGAGACUUGGAAAAAUGUUAGAAACUGAAAGAAGUCGUUGUCGAAGGCUGCAAGAUCAAUUGAGUCAAGCUAGAGCAGAAAAAAUGUUAUUGCAGAGACAGAUAAGCAAUCUAUCAGAAUCAAUGGCUGCAAAAGUUGAUGCCCCUGCUACACCAAAUUCACGAGCUAUGCACACUGCAAUCACUUACUCGCCGAGUUCCAAGUCUGACUCUAACUGUGAUUCUAAUGAAAAUAGUGAAAGAAUUGUCCACCCUCAAGGAAUGAAGCAUAAAAUACCACAUCGUUUCUGUGAGGUUAUGUGCAUGAGAAAUUCUAAAUGUUGCAUUUGCUUGGACUCUAUGUAUUUAGGAAGAUCAAUUGUUAAAUGUCAAGAAUGUCUGUUGGAAUGUCAUCCAAAAUGUGCUUCAUCAUUGCCAAAAACCUGUGGAUUACCGUCAGGUUUCAUGCAGCAUUUUAAAACUGCUGUAAGAAAUUCUCUGUCAGUCGAUAAAGUUGAAGAAAUUCCAAACAUAUCAGAAGGAUGGAUAAAAGUGCCAAAAAUUAACAAACAUGGCUGGGAUCGAAGAUACAUGCGCUUUGAGGAUAGUGUUCUUUACAUAUUUGAAACUGCAGAGGAGAAAGAUCCCGAUGAAGCUUUACUUGAAAUAGACUUUUUGUCAGAUAAAGCGUCGAUCACAGUAUCAAGUUCGGUUUCUGCUACUGAACUACCUUAUGCAGCCAAUUCAGAUUUGCCAUUUGUUCUGAAAGUUGAAUCAUUUCCCCACACUACAUGCUGGCCUAAAAGGAUCUUGUAUAUCAUGACAUCUAACUUCAAUGAAAAGCAAAUGUGGGUAUCUGUUUUGGAAAAAGCAGCUGAAAUAAGCCUUUCAGAAGUAGACAGUAGUCAUAAAAGAUUGGAUACAAAAACAAUUAUAAGUCUCAAAGGCAGUAAAGCUAUUGAUCCUCUAUGUGCAAGUAUAUUUGAUGAACAAGUUAUGCUGUUGGGUGCAACAGAAGGAUUAUAUGCUCUUACAGAUAUGCAAGAUGAAUCUUCAACCAUUAAAAAAAUUGACGGAAUUGCCAGUGUUUUUCAAAUUAUGAGUCUAAAAAUUAUUAAUGUUGCUCUCCUUAUAAAUGGUGAAGAUCGGGAAUUGAGUUCAGUUGAUCUGGAUUGCCUGAAAUCACGGGUAUUUGAAUCCUCCUAUCAGCCUAUCACUUUGAAGUCUGUUGCAAAUAUAAAGAACUGCCAUUUAUUUGCUGUUCAAGAAAAUGCUGUAACAAAUGGACCUUUCAUUUGUUGUGCUACAUCCCAAACUGUAAUUAUUUGUCAGUAUGACGUGGUGAUGAAAUUGUUUUGCAGUAAAAAGGUAAUAAGCGUUAAUGAACCUUGUAGUUGUAUUCAUUUUUCUAACCAAAGAAUAUUAUUUGGGACUGACAUUUUCUAUGAAUUAGAUCUUGCUGAUUUUUCAGCUAAAGGUUUCCUAGACGGGAGCGACGCUUCUCUAGCAGGCUUAGUUUAUGGUGCACCUCAAUAUCGAAGCUUUCCUGUAGCUAUCCUCAACAUCUCAGAACAGAGACAAAAUGAGGAAUAUCUACUUUGUUUCCAUGAGAUGGGAGUGUUUGUCGAUAGCGAAGGCAGAAGAACUAGAUCAGAAGAUAUGAAAUGGUCAAGAUUACCUUUGUCAUUCGCUUAUCGAUCACCAUAUCUAUUUAUUGUGCAUUUUAAUUCUAUUGAAGUAUUAGAAAUUCCUACCCAGACAUCUGCAAUUGUAGGCAACCGAGCUGUGAUACCUGUUCAAAAUGCUCAGUACUUGGGAUGGGCUCACAGAAAGAUGUCUGUUUUAAUUUCAUCUAAGCAAAAUCAAUCAACAGAACUAAUUCUUGUCAAUGGAGCUCAAUUGAGGAGUUCAGAUAUGGAAUUGGAAACUAACGACAGCUCAAGUACAUCAAGCAGUCCAAAAAACAAUCGCUUGAGAAGCUUACCAGAAAGUGAAGAUCUUGAUUUUUCCUUUACUUCUUCCAUCGACCAGGAUCGAACAGCACUCUCUGAAGAAUCUACUGACAGCUAAUUAGUUGUUUUUAAAGAUUUCUUACAUGUACAGUUUUCAAACAAUUACUAUUUGAUGUUGCUCCACUAAAUUAGUGUCACAUUUGCUUCAAAUGCAUUUAGUAAUUUUUUAAAAUGUUACUUGCUACUACUCACGUAUGUAUAUUAUAAUAUUUCUGUUUGUUUUAAAAUUUAUAUAUUUAUUAUGGCUUUUUAUGAAACUUUCAGUGUUUUUUAACAAAAUUUAUUGUAUGAACAUUUAUGUAUUUAGUCUUUAUUUUUAUAGCAAUAAUCAAUGUUUAUAAAAAGUUUGCUUUAUAAAUAAUUUUAUAAAAUAUGCAUUCAAUGAAGUUUAUCUAUCUUUCUGCCUCACUUAAAGUAAUCUAUUAGUACUUGUAAGGUAGUGUUUUUGAUACUGAAUCGAAAAACUAAAGAAACAAUAUUUUUACUCAGAUCUAAGUCCUUGUUUAUAUUUUACUUCCAAAAAAAUGAAGUAAUAAAAUUUUGAAUGUUUUUAACACAUCAAAUUAAA